GGACUAUUUAAAACAAACUCGACCGCUUCCACCGGCCCUUAUGUCAGUUUGCCAGCUGCCAGACAUGAGUUGUCCCACUUCACCCCUUGCCGAUUUGCAAUAAUGACCCACAAUUAUUGCCCCUCCAUUUAGUUGCUGCCACUUGCCUAUUUGCGGCCUUUCUCGUUCUUCCCUCUUUUUCUAACGUACAAAUACAACAAAUACAAAUACGAAUUGAACCCACCCACCACCUUAAACUACCAACAUCCACAUCAUCAACACCAAACCCAUUUUCUACUAAAAAGCAUUCUUCACCUCACCUCACCACCAAUCCAGUAAUCACCACUUUUGUAGAAGUCCAUAUCGCUUAGCGAGACCACUCCAUCAGUUGUCGGUCGCUUUAUCCCGAGUUCAUCUCUGCAUACCCCUUUCCCCAAGUUACCCCGUAAACUCGAGUUUAUGUCAAUCGAAAAUCUCAAGACCUAUGACCCCUUCGCCGAAGCCGAUGAGGAUACAGGUGAAUCCAAGCAGGCACAAAACUAUAUCCAUAUUCGCAUUCAACAGCGAAAUGGCCGUAAGACCUUGACUACAGUCCAGGGUCUCCCGAAGAAAUUCGACCAGAAGAAAAUCCUGAAGGUCAUCAAGAAGAAAUUCGCCUGCAAUGGAACCAUCGUGAAUGACACCGAGAUGGGUGAAGUCAUUCAGCUGCAGGGUGACCAGCGCAAGGACGUGCAAGAGUUCCUCGUCGACAAAAAGGAGGGUUUAGAGCUUGAUCCUAAGACUAUCAAGGUCCACGGUUUCUAAGCUGGCCAUGUCCGCUCACCUUUCGUAACUGCCCAACUAUAACGAUCACGAGACACGCAACUGGAUGGUCAACCUUGCGCACGACUGCAGCGUCUAAACCCGCUUUGCAGCGACACUGCUAGGUACCUACUCAUUACAUCGUGCCAAGGGCUGCACUAUCGAUCGAGGCGUUACGGAAUGGUUAGGACAUGAUACCCCCUUGUUGACUUCUAAGAGGCCUCUUGGCUUGCGGGAACGAUUGGACGAAGCUGAUGCUAGCCCAUGGAACCGGUUUAUUCGCUGCAUUUUUUACUAGGAGACGUGGUAUUACAGAUGGCCUGGAUUUUCAAGGCACUCUCGUUUUUGGUUCUUGGCUCUGAUAUCAAAUCUAGUAAUCAGAACAGUCUCCGAAA